AUGGCACCCCCGCCUCCAGGCACUGCGCCGUUGGGCGAACGCGUCACAAAGCUCGUCACUACUCUGCAAUUUGCGUGGUUCGCGGGUCACUUCACCCUCCUGCUCGCCGUCUUCCGCUAUGCCCUCUCCUACUUUACACUUAACUACUACUCGAAAUGGGCCGCCUUCACCUACCGAUUGGCCUUCCUCUCCGCAGUUGCGACUUACGGUAUCGUCGUAUUCAAGGCUUAUCGUGCUCGGGUGAGGCCAGGUGCUCCCAUCGGCCAGACCGCCUACACCCUGCUAUCAGAUGAAAAUGUCCAAUAUCUUCUGAUCUCCCUGGUCUGGUUGUACUCAAGACAGGUGCCUUUGGCUCUGUUGCCAUUUACCGUUUACUCGGUCUUCCAUGUUGCUACGUACACACGUACCAACAUCAUUCCCACCAUCACGCCCCCCAAAGCUGUCCCGGGGAGCACUCCCACCUCCCCAGGCGCCGCCAAGUCGCAGUCUCCCCUGGCCAACUCGAUUGGCAAGUUCGUGAAGGAGUACUAUGACACUUCAAUGUUCCUGGUGGCUGGACUGGAGAUUACCUUGUGGUUCCGCCUCCUGCUGUCCGCCUUGACAUUCAGCAAAGGCUCCUGGGUCCUUCUUGGUAUCUAUUCCGUCUUCUUGAGAGCUCGUUUCCACCAAAGCCAGUUUGUGCAAAAUGCUUUCAGUCAGGGAUCUGCACACCUCGACCAGCGGGUUCAGAACCCCAAUGUUCCCCCGGUUGUCAGGCAAGGUUGGGAGACCACAAAGGGACUCGGCCGUCAGCUUGUGGAAGCCACGGACCUGCGCAAGUAUGUCGGAGGCGCAAAUGCUCAAAAGAAACCUCAGUAG